ACACUUCUCUGGCACAAAGACGAAGCUGAAAAUGUCUCCAAACAUGACUUGUGAAGCUCUCCCAUCUUUUUCUCCAAGGCUAACUGUGGCCAAAAGAAAAGAGGCUCUCGAGCUAAGAAAGACAAUGAAACCUUUGAUGGAAAAAAGAAGGCGCGCACGUAUCAACGACAACCUGAACCAUUUGAAAAACCUCAUCAUUCCCCUCACAGGCAGAGAUAAGACUCGCCACUCCAAGCUUGAGAAAGCUGACAUCCUGGAAAUGACUGUGAGGUUCCUCAGCGACAUUCCCUCUGUUAGCACGAAAAAUUCUGCAGACAGUUACAAGGAAGGCUACAAAGCUUGCCUCCAGCGCGUCUCCACUCUGCUCCCCAAAACGAGCCUGGAUCAAGACGCGUGUCAGCGGGUGAACGAAUUCGUCCAGCAGUCCACAUCCGCCACUGUCACCCCAACCUGCCUGAACUGCUGCGCUCAGAGCUCCAGGACUCUCCCUCAGAUCCAACAGAGACUCCUGAGCCUCAAAUCCAGCUUCAGCUCCAGACCGGAGAGCCAGUCCCGCGGCAGCAGCGGCGCAGUGGCUCCCAGCCGAGCGCAGCCCGGCCCACAGGCUGUCAGCGCUUCUAUGUGGAGACCUUGGUAGAUUUCACGAAGUUGAAGUAACCGGGUCUCUCAAAAGCCUGUGAAAAGACUGUAAAGUGUUUCCUAUGUAGGCAGCAUGUUGAGAUAGCGUCACUUGUAAAUAUGCACAGUGAUUCACCGCCUCGCUUCCGUUGAUGAAAAGCCAGAAUUCAUCGUUAAAUCGUAUUGGUUGAGUAUUAUAUACUUACGUUUUGCGCACAAGUCUGUUGUCCUGUAUAAGUUGACAAGUUUAGACAGUCGUAUUUUUUUAAAUCUGCAUGUAUGUAUACGGUAAAUAUUUAGUCCACUCCGCGGACUAAGUGAUUAAGGGCCA